GCUUGCCGGCGCCAGAUGCCAAGCUUCGCCGCGGAUAAGAGCGGAGUCAAACCUGUUUCAUCACGACGGCGCGACGUGCUCGCGUCGCGCCAUCUCUGGGCUGCCACCCGUCGAAUACCGCACGCGGCAUGGUCGAAGAGAUGGGCGCGGGCGCGGGCGCGGGUGCGGCGUGAUCGGGCGCGUCGAUCUCGGAGGCGACGUGCGAGCGACCCAACCCAAGACUCCAAGAGCAGCCUGUCGACCUCCCCUCCCCAGGCGCGAGACGGCGAGAAGCCCCGCUGCUGGAGCGCCUGCGGUGGCGGUGAGGCGACGAGUGGCCGCGGGCCCCGCCCGUCGACCUCGCGCCGGCCGCGAUUGGCGGGCGGCGGCCUCGCGUUCCGGAAAGGCUGGGGGCGCAGCGCAGCACGCGCCCCCCCACGCGUGGUGCGCCACGGCUGGCAGCCGCGCCGCACCACCACGCGGCGCCCAUGCGCGCGCCCCCCCGUGUGGUCGCCCUCGCGCGCGCGUCACCGGUCACACCGGAUAAGCCCAUUCGCCCAUCCCACCCCACGGCUCCCGCUCCCGGAUCGCCGCGGGCUCCUUUUGACUCGCGCGCCUCUUCUCUCUCACUCUUCCGUUUCGAAGCCUGAGCCCUGAGUUGCCGUGCUGCCUGGAGCCUCUGACGCCACCCCAGUCCCAGAUCGUCUGGGAGUCUCGUGGUAACUGCCCGGCGGCAGCGGGUUUCCGAGCAGCGUCCAGGCCUCCAGGGAGUUCCUUCCUGCUUCUCCGGGAGAGGUAAAAAUGUAUCAUCAGGGUCGAUGCAUCUAUCUGUGACAUAGAUGGAGGACUAUUUUUCACGCUUCCUGAACCUUGGUUGGCAGUUAAGACAAUACUUGACAGAAUUGAUAGAAAAUUUGCUUGGGUACAUUGAUUGGAUUCCUCAACGUCUUGAAAUACAAUUCUCUGCUAGUCAUGGAGGAUCACUGCCUGGCACUACAGGAUAUAUUCAUGAAGAGGCAUAUGCAUUAUCUAUUAGUAAAACUACUACAGAAGAGCAGACUGCAAAUGGAAUAUCUGAAGGCACAAUUUUCAGAAAAAAGUUUUCUGCUAUUUAUCAAAGAUCAUAUGGUAGGUCUUCCUAUCUUUUGCAUGGCUUCGGGGUGGUACGAAGAUUGGCGUUCCAUGUGCGUGAUCAGUGGAGUCUGUUUUUAAGUGAAGUACAUGCCAAACUAACUAGGAUCUUACAUCGUUUCUGGACAACACUACAGGGAUCUCGUGAAGACAUAGGAUGGUUGCAAAGAACUCGAGCAUCGCUUUGUUCAGUUGAUGGCACAGGCCGCUUCAAGGAGAUAUUAAAUGAGAUCAGAAAUGGUCUGCACUGCCUGCCUGAUACACUGGUUUACUUAUUUAUUCCUGGCCUUUUUAGCAACCACAGUCCACUUUACUUCACCAAUACGAAAAGAUUCUUUUCAAAAAUGGGAUUGGCUUGCCAUAUUGCAAAAAUUCAUAGCGAGUCAUCGGUGGAGAAAAAUGCGUGGGAACUGAAACAGUACAUUGAGGAGCUCUACUGGGGAUCUGGUAAGAAAGUUUUGCUCCUUGGCCAUAGCAAAGGUGGAGUUGAUGCAGCUGCAGCUCUUUCCUUGUACUGGUCUGAGCUCAAGGGCAAGGUUGCCGGCCUGGCAUUGGUUCAGAGCCCAUAUGGUGGCUCCCCAGUCGCCUCUGAUAUCCUUCGAGAAGGCCAGAUCGCUGAUAAGGAGGCAAGGAGAAUCAUGGAGCUCAUUGUAUGCAGACUAAUCAAGGGUGACAUGAGGGCCUUGGAGGACCUCACCUACGACAAGAGAAAAGACUUCAUCUCCAAGCACAAGCUCCCUGUUGAUGAGCUGCCGGUUAUCUCCUUCCACACCGAAGCCAGCACCGCGCCAACAGUUCUCACAACACUGACCCGCAUUGCCCAGGCCGAGCUUCUACCAUGGCUCCCCUUGCCACGGUUCUUCCCAUCAGCAUCCGAGUUUGUCGAGUCAAUGCUCGCCUCUCUAAAGGUCCCUGUGGUUGCACCUGUGUCGGCAGCGAUGGCGGUCACCGCGCUCCACCUGCGGCUGCGGUAUGGAGAGAGUAGUGACGGGCUGGUGACUCGGCGUGACGCUGAGGUGCCCGGAUCGGUGUUGGUGAGGCCCAAGAGGAAGCUGGACCACGCCUGGAUGGUGUACUCCACGCUGAAGAAGGGCAGCACUGAGGCUGAUGCAAGUGAGAUGUGCGAGGCCCUGCUGGCCAUGCUCGUUGAGAUUGGAAGGAACAAGAAAUUUCGCUGAUCAUUUGGUCAUCUGGAGAUCUGGAUCGUUGGUUUGGUCAUGCAAAAAUGUUUGUGCCUGAAGUCUACUUUAGUGUCAUGAACUGGAACUUACUAAUCUGAAGUCACCGGAGAAAGAGAGAUACUACAGUGAAUGAUAGAAUACUAUAGCCUUUACAGGGAAUAGUGAAAACUAGGUUGUACUUUUCCUUUGUUGGAAGAAAAUACACUUGGCAACAUGCCAUUUUGUUUUAACGAACAAUAACUCUUUCGUGACUAUUUUUUUGAAAUAGAAUCUUUUCA